AUGAAUGAGAUUGUGCAACUGGGAACGCUACCCCGAUCGAAGCUACCGACCACCACUUACGAUAAAGCAUCAUCGUACUUCGAAGCCCUGGCGGAGCUACACAUUGAACAUCUCAUAAGUCAAAGGAACGAAGCGGAUGUCUUGGAGGAUGUACCGGUGGAUGUCUUGGCGGAUGACUUUCAGCGCAAGUUUGUGGCCAGAUUUCUCUUCCGGAAGCUUGCCCGUGACCAGGAACAAAGGAAGCAAUGGAAUUUCCGUGAUAGAGGCCCAUUUCAUGUUUGA